CAAGUUUCCUCCCCACUGCUUGUAUUGGUUUCUGUAAAGUAAAUAAACAAAUCGGGCAGGUGACAAUACAAUGUGUUUGCUGAAAUACUCAUUUUAAAAUGGUCGAGGUUGGCUUGAAAUUGUUGGUCGUAAUUUACAGUGUGUUUACACGCUGUUUCGCAGUCACUCACUGGGUAGUGACCGAAAAUGGACGUAUACAGGCCCAGCUUGAUUCAGCAUUCCAUUUGCGACGGCCAUAUGACCUUUUUGCUCUGCUAGAACAAGAGAGUAGAGUGCGAGCAAUUGAUCACCUACAUCAUGAUUUAAUUUCCCGAAAAGCGGCAAUUGACAGACACUGGGCGAGCCUUGAGGGAGCAACUGACAUUGAGACGCGCUUUUACUCUGAAGAUAGUGAUUGUAUUCGUGCUGGCCGUCGUUUAACAGAUACCGACUUAUAUGACAGUGCAUUAGGAGACCUUAAAGAAAGAAUAAGGAUAGAGAAAUUUUUGCCAUCGAGUUUAAUUCAGGAAAAUUACUUUAAGAAACCAGAUUGUACAAAGGCAGCUCGAUUGGACUUUAGCAUGAGGACAUUUGAACAUCUCAAGGCUAUGGUUGAACGCAGAAAUCUUAGUAUGAGCCCAGAGCUCCUAGUACUUCAAGAUCUUGUGGUGAAUGGGGAUAUAAAUUUCUUUGUGCACCAGAUUUCUUCCUCACUGCAGAAGAACAGAACAUCGUGGUUGCAUUACAAUCUUGCAGCAGCUUAUUGGCGAGCUGAAGGAAAUGCUCCAAAAGCUAUUGAAUGUGCUCGAAGAGCUGUCCACUUUUCCCCAAGACAGUACCGUGACUUGGCUCUCCUCACAUUGGGAGGAACACUUCACCGAUCCAGUCAUCCAGCAGAGGCUGCAAUUGUCAUGCAUGCUGCUGUUGAUCAUGCUCCUGAUAAAGCCUGGAGUCAUAUGGCACUUGGGAAUGUGUAUGCUGUAUUGGGUGACUAUAACAGAUCUGCAACAUGCUUUGACAAUGCUCUGAAGCUCCGACCUUCACUCAAGAAGGCUCUUAUCUACAAGCAUGCUGUUCUGUGCCACUACAAACUGGAGAAGACAUUACUUCAGUUGCAUGGAUCACUACAAGACAUUGUAGCAGAACUGCAUGAAUAUCACAACCGACAAAAGCAGUGGCUUAAAUAUCAAGAGGAUGCGGUGUGGCACCAAGCACCACUUGAACUUAGACUUGCCACUGCAGACAGGCAGUUAUUAUCUUCAUCCAAAAACAGAGCUCCAGGGCGAGCAUGUUUGCAGAAAAUUGUGGAUGGACAUGCAGUCCUUAGCUGUGAAGUGAAUGCUGAAAGCCAACUUAUAGCCCAAAGUGUGACACUGAGUCUCCAAAUGCUGCUGAAGAAUGUUGAAUUGCAGGUAAAACUAAUCAGCAAACAAAUGUCUGCAAACAGUCCAAAGACAUCUUGGCAGGAAUCAGAUGCAGUGAGCCUUUUGAAAGAUUCUCCUCCAUUACGUGUUGUGGAAACACAGAAGAAGAAAAGCAAAAAAACACAUUCACCAUCUUCCACAGUUCCAGAGAUCUUUGAAGAACAAAAAAGGUUGAGAGAUAAAGAUUGUGUUGCUGUUGCCGGGCACCGCAUACCAAUCUCUCUGCCUCCAGUGUACCUGUCUCCAGAGACAAAGGGAUUCAAGCCAUCAAAAUAUCUCAAUUCUCUCAUUGGUUUGGCUCCUGGAAGAGAACACAGCCUCCCAUGGUAUCCUCCCAUAUGUACCAUAAGCAGUGUGGCACUGACGAAUGAUGAUGGCCUUUAUGCUCCUGAAAUAGAGUUAAAAGAUGAACUUAUGAAAUAUGUGGACAGACAUAACAGUAUUGAUGCAGAGGUUGGACAAAGAAUUGUCACAGCCAUUAAAGAGGAAGUUGGUCCAAGUUGGCUGUUACAUGUACUAGCAGCAUUGUAUUGGCGAAUUAAGGGCAAUGGACGACAUGCUCUAGACUGCCUAACCAUUGCAUUAGCAGCAAGUCCUCAUCGAGUCCGUGAUGUGUCAUUAGUGUCACAGGCAGCAGUUUUGCAUCAGAUGGGACGAGCUGCUGAAGCUCUUCAUGCUGCAUCAGAAGCUCUCGCUGUCAACAGCUCUGAGCCUACGUCCAACUUCAUGAUGGCUGUUAUUUUAGAAUCAAAGAAGAACUUCACAGGUGCAAUUUACCACCUUCAACAAGUUUUGGUCCAUGGACCUAACAGCUACUUACGAGGAGCUGCUACAAAAUUUCUGCAUCAGACGUCAUGCAGGUUCAAAUUUAGGAGUAAAGAUUCUUCAGCCACAGCUUCCAGUACAGAGAAUAGAGCGGCAUCAUGACACACCAUUUCCUACAAGACUGAUACUAGAGUAUUUAGCUACAUAUGAUGUGGUUCAUUUUACCAUGAACCUUAUGUAUGCUGGUAUGGUUAAAAAGCAGGAAGCAGACAGCUAUUAUCAUUCUCAAUUGGCUGCAAGACCAGAUUUGAAGCCAGCUCAUAACAGAUUUCAGUAAUCUCCUUCCCUGUUUGUUUUGGAAGAAAAUAAGGAUAAAUUCCAUUUGUAAAGUAAUAAAAACAUCUAUGUAAACGAAUUCCAGCCUUAAGUUAAGUGAACCAUUUCACUGUCCAAAUAAAUCACAAAUGUUUCUACA